AUGACAGACGAACACAAGACGUUUCAACGUCCCAAGCGGAUUUUUAUAAACAAAAUAGACACCUACUCGUCAAAAUAUAUCGCUCAGUAUCUGUCUACCUGCUCUGCUGGAGAAUCCUUUGAAGAAGAGUCUACACCUGAGGAGAGGUUUCAAAUUGUAGGGACUGUAAGCAAUAAAGAUGAAAAAAAGAGAAGCUUUGCUCUGGAAGAAUACUAUGCCUCAAAUCGAGACGAGCUCCUUCAACACCUGAUGGAUUGUGAUGUUAUUGUGUAUAAUAUCUCCGAAGAUGUUGAAGCGAUUGAUGAAGCAACAUGGGCUGUUUCAGCCCUCCAAAGUGAAAUUGAACACUUUACAUUUCCCAAGAUAUAUAUUUUGGUGUCAACGGUGAUGACCUGGGCAAAUACUAAACCAGCUGAUCCUGAUAGUCCUGAAAUUCCAGUGAAGGAAGAAGACUACACACGGAAGAAGCCACAUCCAAACUUCAAAGAGCAUGCUAAUGCAGAGAAGCUUGUAUUGAAUUUGGGGAAAAUGGAAAAGACCAAGCUCCGCACUUACGUUGUUGGUGCAGGGAUGCAGUAUGGCAUGGGAGAAGGCAUCUUCCACCACUUCUUUAAGACAUGCUGGCUUGGGGAGUUGAGCAGCAUCCCUAUACCAGAUCCAAGCACUAAUGUCAUCCCUACCAUCCACGUCAACGAUCUGGCUGGCAUCCUGCAAAACAUCAUCGAUCACAAACCCAAAAUGCACUACUUAAUUGCUGUGGAUGAUGCCCACAAUUCUUUGGAAGAAAUUGUUGAGGCCAUUGCAUAUGUUCUGGGUCCUGGAGAAGUUCAGAAAGUGCAUUAUGACAGUGUGCACCUCACAAAGGAACUUACGCAAACCGAUCUAGCUUGCCUAAGUAUAGACCUCCUCAUUGAGACCGUUUUGCCAAAAAGUCGGCUGAACCUGCACUGGUUGUGUGAAACUGGACUUGUUGAGAACAUCAACCUUGUUGUAGAGGAGUACAGACAGAUCAGACGUCUUCUACCAAUCAAGAUCUGUCUCCUUGGCCCGCCGGCUGUCGGGAAGAGUUCAGUCGCAGCACAACUGUGUAAACAUUACAAACUUCAUUAUAUUGGCGUUAAGGAAGCAGUUGAGGAGAAAAUAAAACUUUUGGAGGAAAUGCUACAACGGUGUGAGGAGAAUAAUGACACUGAGGGAUCAUUACAGGCUCAGGAACAGCUCAGCACACUGAAGGAUGAUCUUUCCCAGAAUCAAGGUCAACUUGCAGACCAUAAUGUUUUGGACAUCAUCAGAGAGAAGCUUUACUCAAAGCCGUGCAGGAAUCAGGGCUUUGUAUUGGACGGCUACCCCUGUACACACGAGCAAGCUAACAAACUUUUCAAUGAUGAGGAGAAGGAACCAGGGAUCUCCAGAUCACUUUUACUGCCCCAUGAUGAAAAGAUAUUACCAGAAUAUGUCAUUUCACUCGAUGCCACUGAUGAGUUUCUGAAAGAGCGAGUCCGGAACCUUCCGCAGUCUGUAGCAGAGGAGAUGCACUACACCCAGGACAAGUUUCUGCAGCGACUGUCCAUCUUCAGGGACGCAAACACGGAGGAAGUAUCGGUGCUUGACUAUUUCGAUGAGCUGGAGAUAGAUCAUGAACACAUUGAGAUCAACAGACUGGAUGACCCUGAAAACGAAGCGGUGAUUAAGAAAAUAAUCGAAGUGGUGGGAGAGCCGAGAAAUUACGGUCCCACCCCUGAGGAACAAAAGGAACAGGAGAGGAAACGUGCACUGGAGAAGCAGCAACGCUUCAUGCAGGAAGAAGCCGAGCGUGCACUCAGAGAGGCUGAGGAGGAGACCAGGAUGACCGCUCUCCUGGAGGAAUGGAACAGGAACAUGCUGGAGGUGAAAAAGCAGGAGCGUGAGUUACUGGAGGCACGCUCACUUCCACUGAGACACUACCUGAUGAAGUAUAUCAUGCCAGCUCUCAGAGAAGGACUUGGGGCCUGCUGCCAGGUGAAACCUGAUGAUCCCAUCGACUUUCUGGCUGAAUAUCUUUUAAGAAACAACACAGACGACUAGCUGUACACAGCGCAACUCAGUUUAAC